CCGGCCACGUGAGAAAGCAGGGAUCCCUUCUCGGAUCGCUUCCUCUGCAAUCCGGGAUUUCAGCCUCCCGGUUUCCGCUGGUGGUGAGACAGAAGGAGGAGAUCUCCCUCCCUGCCUCCUCCUCGUAUCCCCAUCACUUUCUUUCUCUCCAGUUGACCUCCUCCAGUGACCCGGUUUCCGAAAAGACAAGACGGGGGCCCGUUGAUCUUUGAUCGGCUGUAUUUUAUUUUAUUUCAUUUUGGUUUCUCCUCUGCCCCCCUCCUUCCCGGCCCCCGAAUUACAACCCCGAUUUCUCAGCCUAGCACCUUCUCUUGCUAGCAUCUCCCAACCUAAUAUCUGGUUCCUAUCAAUUCCUGCCAUUCGCUUCUAAGCCCCUGCAAUAGCGUCUCUUCCCAGUUACUUUUUCCUUAUCUUCACUUUUCCCUCUCUGCAAAAAAACAAAACAAAGGAACACCUGGUAUUGACACCCCCAUUCUUCCUAAACUCUCACCCCAUUCACUUCUGGGUUGUUUUCGUUCCUGAUCUUCAUCUCAAACAGGGUUUCCCUUCCCUAAAUGCACCCCUCCCCUAUAGCUUCUGUUUCUUCUUCCUUUUCUUCCCAGUUUCCCCGUCUCCUUCCCAGAACCAUCCUUGGUGCUGUUUUGGCCUUCUGGGUCCCCCUACCCACUCCUUAACAUCCCCCUUUUUAAUCUCUAGGUCUCCAUUCCCAACCCUGAUCACUUACAGUCUUCUUCCCUAGAGAAUUGCCAUCAUCUGUCUUGUCCACCCUCCCCAGUUCCUGUUUUCGCUUCUCGCCCCACACCUUUAGCCAUCCCCACUCCCGUAAUGGACUUCUUCCUUAGUGGGGUGGCUGCCUGUGGGGCUUGCCUGUUUACCAACCCGAUGGAGGUGGUGAAGACGAGGAUGCAGCUGCAAGGAGAACUUCGUGCCCCGGGCACCUACACCCGCCACUACCGCAACGUCUUCCACGCCUUCUACACCAUCGGGCGGGUGGACGGCCUGGCGGCUCUCCAACGGGGACUUUUGCCCGCCUUGUGCUACCAGUUUGGCUUUAACGGCAUCCGCCUGGGCUCCUACGGGAUCGUCGAGACGGCUGGUUACAUUCACACGCCGGACGGGCGCGUCAGCCCUCUGCGCUCCACGUUGGCGGGGGCGUUGGCGGGCGUAAUGGGCGCCAUUGCAAGCAGCCCCAUCUAUAUGGUGAAGACCCACAUCCAGGCCCAGUCUGCUGCUGAAAUUGCAGUGGGACACCAGUAUCAGCACCAGGGAAUGCUCCACGCGCUGAUGAUGAUCCACAAAGAACAUGGCGUGCUGGGACUAUGGCGAGGGUCCAUCUCCUCUGUGCCCCGGGUCAUGGUGGGAUCCUCCACGCAACUGUCCACCUUCUCCGCUUCCAAACAGUUCUUCAGCCGCUUGGAGAUCUUCCCUAAGGACAGCUGGCUGGUAGCCUUGAGUGCCGGUAUGACAAGCAGCUUCACUGUGGCUAUCGCCAUGACGCCUUUUGAUGUGGCCAGCACCCGCCUCUACAGCCAACCUGUGGGACCUGAUGGGCAGGGCCUGUUAUAUAAGGGCCUUCUCGACUGCCUUGCCAAAAUCAUCCGCUCAGAGGGAUUCCUUGGGAUCUACAAGGGCUUGGGGGCUUCUUACUUCCGCAUCGGCCCCCACACCAUCCUCAGCCUGCUCUUUUGGGAUCAGUUGCGCCAAUUCUACACUGGUUGGGCGCAGAAGCGGUGAUGGCGA